UGCACAGAGUACUUUUAACAAUUUCUGAUUUUCAAUUUCAAUGUAUGUCGAGUAUUUACUCCAAAUUCUCUGUGUUCUAAACCUAUAAUGUUUAAAUAUUAGUCGCUGCUACUGCCAGAUAUUAUAACCGUCCUAAAUAUAAUUUUUGUAGGCCAUGUUUUUCGACGACGAAGAUGAAGGAUAUCAUAAUCCAGGAGUCUUUCACAUUGUCCGUCAAGAACUUUAUGCGAUAACUACAAAUCUAACAGUAACACCAUUCGGUCUCAGAACUAUUCCUACACACACUGAGGAUGGAAUACCAAUCAGGAAGCUGUAUGUGUCUAACUUGCCACCUAAGACUACCAGAACAGAGCUAUUUGGAGUGUUUGCUCAAUACGGGUUUAUUAAAAGCUGCUGGCUAAGGAUGGGGGACAAGGGCCCUAACAGGAUCCCAACACCAACAUAUGCCUUUGUUACGUUUAGUAAUCCAGCCGAUGCUCAUAAAGCUCUCCAAGCACCACUCCAUGAGAAGACGCUAAGAGGUCGGAGUCUUAAAAUAUCACCGGCUGACAGUUGGCACCAACCAUCUGAAGAUCCUGAUGGUAGUAUUAACUGGAAGCCGCUGCAAAGUCGCAGAGAAGAUGAAGGCAGUAGUACGCCUAGUUGGGACAGAGGUCAACAGGAUAGUAAUAAUGCAGGAGAAUUGUCAGAAUCAGUUGAAGCAGAAAACAGUGUCAACGCAAAUGAAGAAGCUAACAAAGAUGUGGAUGAUGAUCUCAACCAACCAUACAAUAUGCUGGAUAUUCUCAACAAUGAUUGUUUGUCACACAUUCUCACCUAUGUUCCUAUUAGGGAUCUUAUCAGAUCUGAAAGAGUCAGCAAAAGUUGGCAGAAUAUGGUUCAAGAAUAUUUACAGAGCAUUCGCAUGUUCAAGACAUCGUGGUGGCAGCACGUGCCGGUGACGUUAACGACGGCGGUGCUGCGACGCGUGCUAUUGAGGCUUGGUAAUUCGCUGCUGCGCCUACAUAUAGAUCACCACUGGUCUGCACUCAACGACCGCACCGCGCACACCGUCGGCAAGUUCUGCCCGAACCUUGAGGAGCUCAAGGUAGUUGGCAUGCAUACGAAAAACUGGAAUCCGUUGAUUUAUGGAUGUAAAAAUCUCAAAACUCUGUCAUUUGUAUCAUGUAACAAGCUCACAGACUCAAGUUUGGUCCAUCUGGUGAAAAAAGACUCCUGUAUAGAAAGUUUGACGGUUGCAAACAAUACACAUGUAACAGGUCUAUUCCUUACGGGCUCCAAUCCACCGAAACUUUCCUCUUUAGAAUUCUAUAACUGUUACAGUCUUCAAGGCACCGUCUUAAGCGCGGCACUGGACAGUCUCCCCAGCCUUACCACACUAAAAUUGGACGUAUGUCCUGUCACAAUGUGGAAAAUGAUCCCUUUAAUACUGAGCAAGUUGACAAAGCUCCAGGAACUGUCACUCAGUGAAUACACAUCUGUGGAAUUAUGCCUCACACCCAUGGGGAACGAAGCUUUCUGCAAAUCUUUGGCCUGCCUGACAGAAUUGAAAAUCUUAAACAUAAGUAGAAACAUCUACAUCACUAAUGCUGUGUUGAAAACUGUGGCGCAGUCUUGUUCGAAACUUGAAUCGCUGAAUAUAUCGAGCUGUAAUUCCAGAAAGAGCUUUCAACACCCCGGUGUGGGUGACGAAGGCUUGACAGCCGUGUGUACUGGUUGUUCGUCGCUGACAUCUCUCGACGUGUCAUACUUAGCCGCGCUGAGCGACUCUGGAUUAAGUUCAGUGACGCGAUUGUCGCGUCUUGUGUCACUAACUGCGCGGGGUAACCCUACGCUCUCCGCUUCACCCUUCAGUGCUGUUCUCGCCUCCUGCCACCUGCUUGAGGAGAUCGACGCCUGCGGUUGCGACAACUUGGGGGGAGAAGUGAUCGUGGCUGCGAACGAUGCGCUACGAACACGGCCACGCCCCAUCACGUUGUGCCUCGCCGCCACCGCCGCCGCCCUUAUAGACGGCCCGCAGCUCAACUGGCGAACUCCGACAGUCCCGGAGUACGAUACCCACAAGUUUCUGACGCUGAACUUGUGCGAGGACCGCAGCAAUCCCCACCUGCGGGCAGACUUCGUUGACCGCCUGUACGACGAGAGUUCCGAAGGCUCUUUCGAUGACAUCUACGACCACGAGGAUUUCGACGACUUCCUCGCCGGAGAUGAUGACAUGUUCUUAGAUGACGACGAUGAUGAUUUAAAUUACGAAGAAAUCCUCGGGAUCCCCCCGGCCGAUAUGCUUCUGCUUUAAUAUAGCUACUUAAGAUUAUUAACCUGCUAGAGUCUUCCCGUUUAUAAUUCUGAAGCGAAGGCAGAACCGCAGAGUCUUACCCUGCGUCUUCACGCAGGUCGCAAAAGUAAACGCCGUCACGGAAGCGGUUUUGAUCUUGCGUUUGGGAGUUUUUAGAUUUUUGCUUGAGUUGUGUAUUAAUUUAAAAAUAUAUAUUUGUUUCUCGUCAUUGUUCUCCACCUGUGAUAACUGUAUAUUAUUUUUUUUCACCAAGCAGUUAAUGUUACAAAUAUUUUUACUGUACUUAUCAUAAAGGAGUUCAUUUUUAUCUCUCAUUAUUGAGAUUUGCAGGAGGACUCAUUGUUUUUAUUUUUAUUACCAUUUAAAAUAUCUAAUUACGCACUUUCUGGAAAGUGUAACAGGAUUUGAACAAACAGAACAAAAGAUUCUAGAUUGUCUUCAAACCUGAGUUAAGGCUUACGUGCCGGCCACGGGACAGCAAAUUCACACGCGAUAUGAAUAAAUGUAUGGGUGGCCGCGCCGACGAUCGCUUUACUCGGACCGUUUUUAUGUUUUCAUACAAUUUCAUUCGUUAGAUUCGCUUCGCCGGCCGCGUCGCGAGUCCCGUGUCCAGUACGUUAUGUCAGAUGGUACUGUAUUGGUCGCGCGUUUUUAUAUAUAUUUUGCCCAUCCAUUAAUAGCGUUAUUUUUAGCUUUCUAACGUACAUCAUCUUCGUUCCAAAAUAAUGUUUCGAAUUUGUCAUAUUUAUUUGUACAUUUAUUUUUAGCAUGACCUCGCGUUACUUAUGUACUGGUCUACUGCAGGAAACUAUAACCGCGUGUUUCCACUAAUAAUCAGUGGCGCUAGCAUGUGCCAAGACAAGUUUAUGUCUACCCAUUAUCUCGUCUAUCGAGUAGAAAAAUACGAGUAAUGGGGAGAGAUAAUUAUCUCUUGGCACGCCUUACAGGAAUGUUAGAACGCGCGACAAACAGGUUACCAUUGUGACGUAGCCUUAAUCUGGUUUCCUACUGAUUAUGAUUUACUUUAAUAUACAUUUAAAAAGUCUGAAAUAUUGUGAUAGAAUAUAAAUUGUUCCAGUAUCUUCAUUUCAUAUCUGGUAUUAUUUUGUAUAAUAAAUAAUAUGUAAUAAAUCGAAAUGUAGGUGUUUUGCUGAUCGCACAUUACAAGGAAUGCAUUUUUCAUUACUGAAAUAUAAUUACGUAUCACAUGCCUCUUCUCUAAGGAGUCUCGGGAAUGUUUCUGAGCAUAGACCCGCCACGCAACUCCAAUGCGGGUUGGUGGGCUUUAGCGACUAUUAACACAAGUAAAUGAUAACCGACAUGACUGACAGGACUGACAUAUUAACGUGCUCUCCGCAGCACGGGGGUUGACAAAGCCAAUUACCUAAUUAUGAGCUGGUAUUGAAAAUUCUGUAACAGAAAAUACACCAUACGUUGUAGUUAACCACUAGACCAACAAGGCAGUAAAAUAUAAUAAUGCAUAAUGUGCGACCAGCAUAAAACUGAAAGAUUGCAUAUUUCCUGUUGUUUGUAAACUUGUGUUAUACUGCACAACUUUAUUAGAAAGACUAUAAAAGUACAUUUUAAUGCCUCAUAGUACCAAUUCAUUAUAGAAUUUGUGCAUGCUUCAAGCAUUAUAUUUAUUGUAAAUUCUUGAUCAAUAUAAAUAGAACACCCAGAGUAUCCAAGCUAGUUGAAUAGUUGACUAUGACAAUAGGACGGGGCCGUUUAAUGCUGUGACAUUAUCUAAUUAUAUCAUAAUUGUAAUAAGAUAUAGACUUGAAAGAAACGUUAUUAUUGUUACACAUUUAAAAAAAAGUCUGCCACAACCAGGAUAUGCAAUAGAGCCAUGGAGGUUAUGAAAAGAAUUUAACAAGUAUGUAUUUUGUUACUAAGAUAAACAAUAAUACUCAUUACGGUUAUUAAAUUGUUAUUAUAUUAAAUGCCAUAAACAUUUUAUUAUUUUCUGCAAUUUAUUGAUUUUCAUUUUUUUUUUUCAAAUUCUUAGCAUUGCUUAAAAAAAAAAAAAAAAAACACUAUUAUUAGAAGAUCUGCACACACAGCCAUUAUCAGGAGAUGCGAUAAACCGAAUGUCAUUACGAUUUCAUGUUUUGGGUGUGCGAGUACUCAGUAAUAAAUACAUACUGUUUACCAUAGCUCUAAAUAAUUAUGCCAUAGUAGUAGUCAAGCUAACGUGUACUUCACCUAGGCAAUAAAAAAGUAAAUUGUUCCAUAUUUUGUAUAAGAAUAAAAAUAAAUUCACUAAAAAUUUAUUUGAUCUAAUUUUGAUAUACCCAAAUAAACACCGAUUUAGUAUUUAACUGCGGCUAGUUUGGCUUGGCAUGGUAUGACUUGGUAAAAUAUACAUUUACCAGUUGAUUGUUAUGCUGUUGAUAUAACUUUGAUCUUUUUAUGUUGUUUCUAAUUGUAGGCAAAGAGAUUCGUUUACACCUGCACUGAAUACUUUUGAUACGUUUUUCGCGAUUUUAUAUUACGUAACUGUAUUAUUAAAUUUUAUGAACUUAUAAUGUUGCAUUGUAAUCAACAAAGUAGUUUUUAUUUUAAUUUUUUUUUAUCAAGAACUGAGUUAUGUUUUAAUCACAAUUUAAU